CGCGCAACGAAGGCGGCAAAACCGUGCCAACCGUGUUAUCAUCAUCAAACUCUCUUAAGGCCAUCGCAGCGAUGGAGCAGAGUCCGCCGCAGAACCCGUACACCUUCACACGGGAGGACUAUGACAAUCUAGUGGCGAGGACACCCAACUGCCAGAUCAGCAAGCGGUCGAAAUACGAGGAGAUCGAGCUGGUGGACGACUGCACACUUUUCGACAUCUACCGCCAGCCGCGCGCUCCUGUUACGGACCCGAACGCGACCAAGACGCUGUCUAUACGGCAGCUAAACGCCGACCUCACAUGCCCUAUCUGUCUAGGUAUCAUCAAGGAGACGAUGGUUGUCAUGGAAUGUCUACACCGCUUCUGCGGCGAGUGCAUCUCCACCGCCAUCCGCCAGAGCAAGCGUGAAUGUCCAUCGUGCCGUAUCCACAUCCCAUCCAAGCGUUCACUGCGCCCUGAUGCCAACUUCGAUGCCCUCAUCCGCAAGAUUCACCCCAAUUUGGCUGAAUUCGAACGCAACGAGGACCAAAUAAUCGAGCAGCUAAACCGGACCAGACACUUCCACAAUGCCUACACGGAGAGCACACGCAAGGGUGUGCUCAGUCAGGCAGCGACGCGGCGCAAUGGAAGAAAGAAGACGGAAGGAGCCACGUCAGCUUCGUCGUCUCCGUCGAACACAUCGUCGCCGCCGGUUGGAGAAAAGCGCAGCUCCCCUGGAGGUGGAUCUCCCAAUGACACCGCACCGUCGUCUGCUGCUGCUUCGGAGGAUGAAACAGCGCGCAAAAAGCCGAAAGUUGCUGCCUCUAAGUCAACAGAUACAGCGGUUGAUCGUGUGAACUUCCGCGUACUGCUACAUGAAGAAGAGCAGCCCAACGCACCCAAGCUGGAGCGCACGCUGUUCACCACGUCGCCCAAGCUGAAGAUUCGUCACUUAAAGAAACACCUAGCUGCACUGCUCAAGUUGGGCAAGUACGACAACCUAUGCAUCGUGCUGCCUACCGUGAACUGUACGCUCAGUGGGUUGAGUGAAUCGGCCAAAGCGCGGAAGAGCACCGGCGUUGCCAUUCGACAGGACUUGCAGUGCGACCAAGAGCUCGAGGACUUUGUGACACUAAAAGAUAUUUAUGAGCAAUACGGUAUGGGCUCGGCGUGGGAGCUUCGACUGUUGUAUCACUUCUCUCAAGGCACCAUUGUCAACGGCAUCGCCCGAUUCGUUGCUGCAACGUCCAACACGGAGUAAAUUCGUCAAGACACAUUCUGAUUCCUCCUAACUGCCAUGGAUACUUGCUAGUUUUGAACGCGUUAGCUGGAUCGGCUGCAUUUGAGUCCCAAGUUUAUUGCUCGCCUUCGUCUGGAUUAGGAAGUACAAGAAAUACCAGACGAGAUUUUCGUGUUUUGUGUUGUCGAU